AUGGAGCAAUCGUCUUCAGCUAGCCAGUCCGUUCAACAGGAGAAUCCUGGAAGGAGAAGAAAGGAGGAUGCCAUGAAGCAUGAUGGGAAUCUACAGCUGUUGGUGGGAAACACAGAUGAUGCUUUAAAAAACCAACAAGUGAUGGCGGUAGAGGCUCUGGACAGGAGGAACAUCUGGGAGCCGAGUGUUUACUAUGCACUGGGAAAAGAGUCUUUUUAUUUUGCUGGUCAUGACAUCAGCAUCCGCGAGUCUAUGGAUACGUACGGUGCUCUGAUCUGGCCUGGGGCGAUAGCUUUGUGCCAGUUCUUGGAGAACAACCAGCAACAAAACAAUCUGAUGGACAAAGCAGUGCUGGAGAUUGGAGCUGGGACUGGACUUCUCUCUAUAGUGGCCAGUCUACUCGGUGCAUGGGUGACAGCUACUGACCUGCCUGAAAUAUUGUCCAAUCUGACCUUCAACCUUCGGCGGAAUACCAAAGGCCGAUCCCGUUACACCCCACAGGUGGCUGCCCUCUCCUGGGGUCAGAACCUGGAAAGAGACUUCCCCUACCCAUCUUACCGCUACGACUACGUGCUUGCAGCUGAUGUAGUCUAUCACCACGACUUCCUCGAGGACCUGCUGAAAACCAUGCAUCACUUUUGCCGUUUGGGAAGCAGAACGACAUUACUGUGGGCCAACAAGAUCCGGUUCCAGUCAGACCUGCAGUUCACAGAGUGCUUCAAGAGCAGUUUUAACACCACACUGCUCACUGAGCUGCCGCAGCAGGAGGUGAGGAUAUACAAGGCUACAGCAAAGGAAUGACAAAGAUUAAAGGGAGUGUAUUCUAACUUGGUAAAUGUUUGGAUUAACAUUUCAAGGGAAACAGGAACUUUCUUAUCCCAACAAGUUCGGGAAAUUAAUGCUGUUAUGACUGCUUGUUUGGUUUGUUUGUCAGAAACAAUGGUGGAUAGGUGGAUUACCCUAUAGCCAAAGUAAGGAGAAAUUAGGGGAUCCAGGUUAUUUUAAGGGGAGUUGGCAGGACUAAUAAACUCUUUAAGGGCCUCUAUUUCUAGUUCAGAUCU